AUGGACAAUUCUCAGUUUCGAAACUUGAUUCAAACUAACCAAAAUGCAAACUCGUCAAGCAGCGGGGCGUCCCCGCAAGCCUUCAAAAAGCCCGCACUUGGCUCCAGAACUCGCGCAUCGAUUCCCAUGACGCCUCGCUCUGUAGCGGGAUUUAACGCCGCUAAAGUAUUCACGCAGCAAGUUGCAGAAUACCGAAAAGAACACGAUGGGCAACCUCCCCCGAAGAAAUUCAAGUCAAGCGCCCCGAAAGGCAGCAAGCUCGCUUCUGGCUACCAGGACCGCACCCUGGCUCGGCAGGUAGACGAAGAGGGUUUUGCGGCGCCGGAUGACAAGGAGAAACGAGUCAAAGCACUGGAAGAGAUGUACAAACUACAACAGAUUGAUGAAGCUACCUUUGAAAAGCUGAAAACCGAGAUUGGGAUUGGUGGCGAUCUUAGUAGUACACAUCUAGUGAAAGGCUUGGACUGGAAACUGCUGGAGAGGGUGCGACGAGGUGAAGAUGUCCAGAGCGCUCCGCAAGCGGAGAAGGGGGAGUCUGCUCAAUUGGACGUCGAUGACGAGCUGGAGGAAGCGCUCCAGAAGGAGGUGAAGGCAGAGAAGCAGGCCUCGAGGAAAGCACAAGAUGAAAGUUCUGGGGAUCUUCAAGAACCCAUGACACGAGAUGCGAUCUUGCGGCGGUUAAAGGAGAGCCGAAGUGGAGUAUCAGAACCAUUGCAUCCAGAGCCAACACUCGGAGCACGCUUCAAGAAGGUGACCUCGGAAAAGCCAAACAAGAAGAAAUUCGUCGAGAUCAUCAACGGACGGCGCCGAGAGGUACUCCUCAUCAGCAAUAAGGAUGGAACGACGAAGAGGAAGACUCGAUGGCUCGACAAGGAAGAGGAUGUCCCCAAAGGCGAUCAAAACCAACCUCUUGGGAUGGAAGUGCCAGCUGAACUUCGAGCGAAGCAACAAGCCCUUUUGGAUCAGCAAGCGGCCGGGGAGGAUGAUGACGAUAUCUUCCAGGGAGUGGAUGAUUACAAUCCGCUCGCCAAUAUCAACAGCGAUUCGGAAGAUGAAGCCGACGUGAAGGAGACAGCAGCAAGGGCGGACGCCACUCCGAAGACCGCUGCAUCAACGGGCAACAAGCCACGAAAUUACUUUGCGACAAACAAUCAAGAAGAGGGAGCCAAGGAUCGCACCAAUCCGAUUUUAAAAGAUCCCACUCUCCUUUCCGCUCUUAAGCGGGCCGCGGGCUUACGAAGAAACGAAGAGACAGGUGGGGAUCCAGCUGUGGAGUCAGAUCCUGAUCAAGCCGCAAGGCAGCAGCAGUUGCUGGCGCGUCUGAGAGAACGGGAUCGGGCAGAUGCGGCCGAUUUGGAUCUAGGAUUUGGUGAAAGUCGAAUUGCCGACGAGGAUGAUGAGGACGAAGCUGGGUGGGCCGAGGGUGAAGGCCCAGGGAAGAAAAGUGGACGGAAGCGUGGCCCGAAAAAACGCAAGGGCGAUAAAGACAAUGUGAGCGACGUGAUGGCAGUGCUUCAAGGGCGUGAGAAGAAGCCUUGA